CCCCCGCCCCGCGGUUUGAAUGUGAAGCGCAGCCGGAGCGCUCGGAGCCGCCGCCGCCGCCGCCGGGGGGAGCCGCCAGGUUCUGCCAAAAUGGAGCUGAGUGAUGCCAAUUUACAAACUUUAACUGAGUAUCUAAAGAAAACACUAGAUCCAGAUCCUGCUAUAAGGCGUCCUGCUGAGAAGUUCCUCGAGUCCGUGGAAGGAAGCCAGAACUAUCCGUUGUUACUCUUAACGCUGCUGGAGAAAUCACAGGAAAAUGUCAUCAAAGUUUGUGCAUCUGUAACGUUCAAGAAUUACAUUAAAAGGAACUGGAGAAUUGUUGAGGAUGAACCAAACAAAAUAUGUGAAUCAGACAGGAUAGCCAUUAAAGCCAACAUAGUGCCCUUGAUGCUUAGCAGCCCAGAACAAAUUCAAAAGCAGUUAAGUGAUGCCAUCAGUAUUAUUGGUCGGGAAGACUUUCCUCAGAAGUGGCCAGACCUGCUGACAGAGAUGGUGAAUCGCUUCCAGAGCGGGGAUUUCCACGUCAUCAACGGGGUCCUUCGCACCGCUCACUCUCUGUUUAAAAGGUACCGCCACGAAUUUAAGUCAAAUGAGUUAUGGACAGAGAUCAAACUUGUUCUUGAUGCCUUUGCUUUACCCUUGACAAAUCUCUUUAAGGCAACUAUUGAACUUUGCAGCACACAUGCAAAUGAUGCCAGUGCCCUGAAGGUUCUCUUUUCCUCUCUCAUUCUAAUUGCGAAGCUGUUCUAUAGUUUAAAUUUUCAGGAUCUUCCAGAGUUUUUUGAAGAUAACAUGGAAACAUGGAUGACAAAUUUUCAUAGUCUUUUAACCUUAGAUAACAAACUGUUGCAGACUGAUGAUGAAGAGGAAGCUGGAUUACUGGAGCUCUUGAAAUCACAGAUUUGUGAUAAUGCUGCUUUAUAUGCUCAAAAAUAUGAUGAAGAAUUCCAGCCCUACCUGCCACGUUUUGUAACAGCAAUCUGGAAUCUGUUAGUCACGACAGGCCAGGAGGUGAAAUAUGACUUGCUGGUCAGUAAUGCAAUCCAGUUUCUGGCCUCAGUUUGUGAAAGACCACAUUACAAGCAUCUGUUUGAAGACCAGAAUACAUUGACAAGCAUCUGUGAAAAAGUUAUUGUUCCCAAUAUGGAAUUUAGAGCGGCUGAUGAAGAAGCAUUUGAAGAUAAUUCUGAAGAAUAUAUAAGAAGGGAUUUGGAAGGAUCUGAUAUUGACACCAGGCGCAGAGCAGCUUGUGAUCUGGUCAGAGGCUUGUGCAAAUUUUUUGAAGGACCUGUGACAGGGAUCUUUUCUGGAUAUGUUAAUUCUAUGCUGCAAGAAUAUGCAAAGAAUCCAUCUGUUAACUGGAAGCACAAAGAUGCAGCUAUUUACCUUGUUACGUCUUUGGCAUCCAAAGCUCAAACACAGAAGCAUGGAAUAACCCAAGCCAAUGAACUUGUUAAUCUGACAGAAUUCUUUGUGAAUCACAUUCAGCCUGAUUUAAAGUCUGCUACUGUGAAUGAAUUCCCUGUGCUAAAAGCAGAUGGUAUCAAAUAUAUCAUGAUAUUUAGAAACCAAGUACCGAAGGAACAACUGCUGGUGUCUAUUCCUCUCCUAAUCAAUCACCUCCAAGCAGAAAGUAUUGUGGUGCAUACUUAUGCAGCCCAUGCUCUUGAAAGACUGUUUACCAUGAGGGGGACAAAUAAUACUACCCUCAUUACAGCUGCAGAAAUGGCACCGUUUGUAGAAGUGCUGUUAACAAACCUUUUCAAAGCGCUGACGCUUCCUGGCUCCUCUGAAAAUGAAUACAUUAUGAAAGCCAUCAUGAGGAGUUUUUCUCUGCUACAGGAAUCCAUAAUUCCAUACAUCCCUUCUGUCAUCACACAGCUCACACAGAAACUGCUGGCUGUCAGUAAGAAUCCCAGCAAGCCCCACUUUAACCAUUACAUGUUUGAGUCCAUCUGCCUGUCGAUCAGGAUAACGUGCAAGGCGAACCCGGAGGCCGUGGGGAGCUUUGAGGAGGCCUUGUUCCUGGUGUUCACUGAGAUCCUGCAGAAUGAUGUGCAAGAGUUCAUUCCGUAUGUGUUCCAAGUGAUGUCCUUACUUCUGGAAAUGCAUAAAAAUGAAAUCCCAUCAUCCUACAUGGCACUGUUUCCUCACCUGCUCCAGCCAGUGCUCUGGGAGAGGACAGGGAACAUCCCUCCGCUGGUGCGGCUGCUGCAGGCGUACCUGGAGCGGGGGGCCAGCACCAUCGCCAGCGCCGCCGCCGACAAGAUCCCUGGGUUGUUAGGUGUGUUCCAGAAGUUGAUUGCCUCUAAAGCUAAUGAUCAUCAAGGCUUUUAUCUUUUAAACAGUAUCAUCGAGCAUAUGCCUCCUGAAUCAGUUGACCAGUACAGGAAACAGAUCUUCAUUUUGUUAUUCCAAAGACUUCAAAAUUCCAAAACGACAAAGUUUAUCAAAAGUUUUCUCGUCUUCAUUAACUUGUAUUGCAUAAGAUAUGGGGCAUUAGCUCUGCAGGAGAUAUUUGACAGCAUACAGCCAAAGAUGUUUGGAAUGGUUUUGGAGAAAAUUAUAAUUCCUGAAAUCCAGAAAGUGUCUGGACAAGUUGAAAAGAAAAUCUGUGCUGUUGGCAUUACAAAAAUAUUAACAGAAUGUCCUCCCAUGAUGGACACAGAGUACACCAAGCUGUGGAUUCCUUUGCUGCAGGCCCUCAUUGGCCUCUUCGAGCUGCCUGAGGAUGACACAAUCCCUGACGAGGAACACUUCAUUGACAUCGAGGAUACUCCAGGCUACCAGACUGCAUUCUCCCAGCUAGCCUUUGCUGGGAAAAAAGAGCACGAUCCUGUAGGUCAAAUGGUGAACAAUCCUAGAAUCCAUCUGGCACAGUCUCUUCACAAACUGUCUACAGCGUGCCCAGGCAGGGUUCUGUCCAUGCUGAGCACCAGCCUGAACGCAGAAGCGUUGCAGUAUCUCCAAGGAUACCUCCAAGCUGCAAGUGUGAGUCUGCUCUGAGAUAGUCCACGAGCAAGAUCAAAGGCUGGUUUGUUACACAGAAGGUUGACUUUUUUUAUGGCAGAGCUCAGACAAAACGAAAAAUGCUGCUUGAAAUUGUAUUGCAGAUUCCAUCUUGUAAAAGAUAAAUGUGGCUUUAAGGCAAAACUGAAAGGAUUUCUGGUUUGUGUACUCCUAGAUAAAGGUGGCUAACUUCCACUCCCAGUCUAAUUUUCAAAGGGAGUAGUCAUAGCGGUUUGGAAUGGGAUUUUAUUUGAAAUCUGCAUCUGCAGUGUUUGGAUAAUACUUGGAAUUGUAUGGAGAGCACUGGCUGUAGAAACUCACUUCAGUCACUAAAAUUCCUUUUCAUUUUAAUGUUGUCCUUUGUAUUUCUUUUGUCUUUCCUUAAACUUUAUCUAAAUUGUGAAUAAAUAAGAAGUACUUGUUUAAAAUGCCUGUCACUGUGCGCUUACUGUUUUAGAAGAAUGUAGUUGGUUUAAAAAAAGAGGUUUUACACUUAGGAUAGAAUAUAAAAUAGUGGGACUGUGAGGAUUUUUCUAUAAGUAGUAGUUUAAGUACAUUUUAGGAUCAUACAGAGCAGAUCUAAAACUUUGGGAGAAGAGCCAGAACUGUUGUCACUCUUGAGUGCUUUUUAGAGCACUGGUCCUACAGGGAUAGGAAUAAAUUGAAUUAUAGAGACUGGAAAACUCCUGAAUAAGAGUGAAGUCUCAGACUUAUGUGAUAUUAAGCAGUGUUGUACAUGACAGAAUUUUUUUAGCUGUUUGUCCACAGACAUUCUGCAGGUGACUUGAAUCAGGACUGGUGUUUUGUAUUUGUAUUAGUUAAUGCCUGUUGGAGCUGGGCCUUGUGUCAAGAAAGUUGCUGAAUUUACUGAGGGAGGAACAGGGCAGAACCAGCUGUCUUUCAGUUCUUCCUGGUACCUGGAAGUGCAUCCUGGCCAUAGCUCUUGUAUGUAAAGAAAUGAGUUGCCUGUUAGCUAAUGGAUUUAAAUAAUAACUAAGUGCCUGAAAAUGUAGUAAAAGAGUCAGCAUCAACAGGUUUGUUUUACCUGGUCUGUCAGGGAGUGUCAGGCCCUCGUUUGUAGAUGUGAAGUGAAAGCAGUGCUCAGAGUGAAGCACUGCAGGGGUGAUCCCGAGGAGCAUUUGCCUUAGUGCUGCUGAGACAGACUGUGCUGUGUUUGGGUGUCCGGAGCUUCUGGCAGCAGGAAUGUCACAGACAGGCUGGAACCACAGGGUCACAUGUGACAUCUGCAAGGAGCUGAGUGCCUGCCUCGGAUGUCAGUGUUUACUGAGCCGUGAUCCUCCUCAUCCUGCAGGCCAGAAGGAUAUCAGAGCACUGCUGUGCAGCUUUGUCUUUUUCCCUGGACAAUAUGGAGAACAAUUCUAUGGAGAACAAUUCUACAGAGAACUUGCAGACCUUUUUUUUUCCUGCCAUCCUCAAAGAACCAAACUGGAAGGGUGCUGGUGGCCGUGUCCCUGUAACUGUGCUGGAGAGUGACAGCCGGGGCCUCACGUUGGACCAUCUCACUUGGGCAGCUCCAAGCCAGAUUUCUUCAGAAACUCAGAGCUUGCUGAGAUACGUGAGGGAACAGAUGUUUCUUGUCUUACCAGUGCCAGCAUGGAUGGAACUGGACAGGAUUCACAGCAAGAAGGCAGAAUCUGUUAGAGAGAUGGCCUAAGAAAAAUUGGCUCUUCUAAAUGGAAAAUUAUCAGUGAGUUUUGAUGUUCACCGUCUUGCACUCCUUGCAACGUGUGACUUCGAUGUUGGACAGACAUUCCGUGUGAAUAAGUGCCUAAGUGACAUCAGAUCAACAAAUACCAUGUUAGUCCUUCAGUUGACUCAGAGCUGAGUAACUCAGACUGUGUAGACACGGCUGUGGCACCGCUGGUGACGUGUUCUUUAGUGCCAGCACACUGUGCAGGUUGUGUGAGGGCUGUGAGGGUCUGUGCAGAGCACUUCCCUUCAGGGCAGUGAGUUAGGGUGCCAUCAGCACUGCCCUCUGCAUCCAGGAGGGACCUCCCUGCUCUUCCUGGCACCUCCUGUUCUCAGGAUUCAGAAGGUGAAGUCCCACCUACAUUUAUCUGUUCAUUUGGUGGAAGCUGAUGCAAGUCGUGCUGUAACAGCUUUUUGCAAGACUGUGUUGGACAGUUGGGCAAACACCAGUUUCUUUGGAGAGCACAGGCUGGGAACACCUGGUGUCAAUAGACCUUCUGAGGACCUGGGAGCACCUAAUUUAAUGUAGUGAACUCCUGCCUGUCACUGAGGUCUUCUGAAACACUUCUGAAAACAAGGAGCCAAUUCUUACUUGCAACUGAUGAUGGCACAAGAUCAUUCAAAUUCAAGUGUGGGAAUGUUACUUGCUUCUUUCUGAGUGGGAAGUGGGCAAAGGGAUGCCUGUUUUUGAAUCUUUUGGCACCAUGGAACUCUAGUCUACUCUCCUGCUGAUUGGUUUGGGAUUGCCAGCUUCUAAAUAAUAUUCUGAGGCUUUUGUAACAGAAGAAAUACCUUAUUGUUGGUUCAAAAACCCAAAACCAAACCCCCUCAAGGCCAGUGUGUUUUCUUGUUUCCUUGGGCUGUGAAUGGGCCUCAACACUGUCAGCACUGCUGCCAGUGGGCAGCACAUGCUAAAGCAAAGCUCUGUUUCUCUAUUUCUUCGUGUACCUGUGUGCUGAGAGUCACCCUCUCAGCCAGACAUUUACUUCCAACAAUUCUCUGAUGAAGCCAGACAUUGAUUUUUUUCUUAAACAGCUUCAUCCUUUCUUAGAAGUGACAGUUUCUCAGUACCUGGGGAUUCCAUCAACCAGCAGCAGCCGAGGGCAGAGCUGUGCCCAUUCUUCCAGCCCCCAGCAGAAGUACCACAGGCAUUUCUCCCAUUCCAGGCUUUUGCUUUGGAAACUGUGCAGUUGUUCCCUGACACACAGGUGCUCCAGGCACAAAUCUCUAUCAGUAAAGACACCCAGCUCUCAGAAAGCAGCACAAAGGCUUUGUUUACCCUUAGCUUUUACCCUUACUUAUUUAAAUGAAGUCAUUCUUGCCUUUCCUGCAGUAUAGAGGAAAUAUUCUGGGCCUGGGCUGCAGUGGCAGGGCCCUCACAGGACAGGAAAGGCUCAGUGGCUGCUGGUGACAGCUCAGGCAAAGUGACUGAAGGCUUAAAAGUUCUCUCUCAAAAUAGGAAUUUUCUCAUUCACAUGAGCUCACAGCUUAUGCUGGACUUGCUGUAUUGCGUUCGAGACGAGAGCAGAAUAAAAUGCUUUAUUAUUAAAGUAAUAAAUCUUAAUAGAAAGUAAAAGAUAUUUUGUUACUAAUGAGUAAUGUGUCAGAAGAGCGUAGUAACAGGGUUUUAGCUCAGCUAGUUCAUCUAGGUCCUAGUAAAAAGUUUUCAUUUUCUAAGGCUGUGAAGAGAAAUUCACACUCUUGGGUUUGUGCCUGAUAUAAGGGGUAUUUUGAAGUAAGUAUUUAACAAAGAAAAUAUAUUAAUAACAAGUAUCAGAUUUCUCCAUGAACAUCUGAAAAUACUGGCAUUACAGUACUGCUUCCUUACAAAAGAAAAUGAAAGUUUAAAGUAUUUUACAAAUUGUAAUCUAGAAAAAAAGUCUCUGUCCUUGUUUAAGCUGCUGUGCAAAGAAGAGUGGAAAAGUCUUUUGGAACAUUUUUGAAUAAAUAAUAAUCAUUCAUAUGAUAGAGGAGUAAAUGCCCUUCAGUGAAAGAACAAAUGUGUUGGCUAUUUGACAUGUGCCAAAGUGCUCCUCAGGCCUUUGAAUUCCACGUGUAUUUGCUUCAGUUAUGUUCAGUUUUGUGAUCUGGCUGCAGAUGCUUUUUGUCUCGACUGCAAAUUUUACACACACCCAGGCAUUCACAAUUUUCUAGAAAAGGAGAACAUAAACCUGAAUUUUUACUGUAACUCGCUUUGGAAUUCCCUGUCUCCACAGAACUUACUACAGAAAUCCUCCACGAAUGUUUCAUUACAGACAACACUGAGCCUUGCAGUAGUGAUUGCACAGCAGCUGAAAUUUCAUUUCCUUCUGGAAUGUGACUGUUGCUGGCUUGGAAUAAUUAAAGCAUCUUAGCAGCACAUACUAUUAUGCAAGAGACCACAAGAACACGUGACUAAGUGUUUAAAUGUGAUAUGGGAUAUAUAUCUAUAUACUUACAUGCUGGAGAAUGUCUUUUCAAUGCUAUGUUGUCCAUUGUUUUUUUUAUUUUUUUUUCAGUGUGUGAUGUAUUUUCUUUAUGGUAUCUUUGGGAUCCAUGUCAGUAUUAAAUGCAGAAAUGGAUAUGGAGCUUUAGGUAUACCGAGGUUUCUUUCUCUUUGGGUUUUGCUGUGAUUCUCCCCACGACCUCAGAAGCCUUUUUUUGCAGUCUGUGGGAUCCAGUUCCCCAGGGCUGAGCAAGGGCAGGAGUUACUGACUGCGGCUGAACGGUGCUGUGGGAGUUGCAACGUUGUGACUUGAAAUGUAUUUUUACCUAUUAAGAGAGAUAAAGUAUUUCUAACCCUGAA